AUUUAAAUAGCGGGGUGGCGUUUAUUUGCAGCCAGCCUCUCGCCAGCCCUGGUGUGUAGGCGGAAGUUGCACAGCCACCCGAGGGUGUUCCUGCUCUUCGCUGUCAUUCCCCGUCUGUCUGUGAGCCGGGGGUUCACUCCGUGCCGGAGCUCCACACGCUACAAAUCCGUGUGGGCUCAGGGAGCAGGAGGAGCUCGCUUCCAACACCCUCCAGCCGCGGGGACCAUCCAGACCGAGAUCCGGAUGAGCCGGGCACACCGCCGCCGCACUGACUGAGAAGCCGGGCUGCCCUGUCUCGGCGAUUACUCCCGGACCCUCGCCGCGGACACUCGAGAAGAUGGGCAACAGUUUCUCCAACGUCUCGGCUUUCCAGUCGUUACACAUCGUCAUGCUGGGGCUGGACUCGGCGGGGAAGACCACCGUCUUGUACCGGCUGAAAUUCAACGAGUUCGUCAACACCGUGCCCACCAUCGGCUUCAACACGGAGAGGAUCCGCUUGGGUAACGGCUCGGCCAAGGGCAUCAGCUGCCACUUCUGGGACGUGGGCGGCCAGGAGAAGCUGCGGCCCCUCUGGAAGUCCUACAGCCGCUGCACCGACGGCAUCAUCUACGUGGUGGACUCGGUGGACGUGGAGAGGCUGGAGGAGGCCAGGAGCGAGCUGCACAAGAUCACCAGGAUCUCGGAGAACCAAGGCACUCCGCUGCUGGUGAUCGCCAACAAGCAGGACCUGCCCAAGUCGCUGCCGGUGUCCGAGCUAGAGAAGCAACUGGCGCUGCACGAACUCAGCCCGUCCACCACCUGGUAUGUCCAGCCGGCCUGCGCUAUCAUCGGCGAGGGGCUGCACGAAGGCAUGGACAAGUUGUGCGAGAUGAUCGUAAAGAAGAGGAAAGCCCUGCGGCAGAAGAAGAAGCGGUGAUUGCUGAACGGACAGAGGACUCGGCAUUCGGCUCACUCUGAAUGCACACAUACAAGCACACACACAUUUAUCCAAGCCAACUCGAUAAGUCACCCACCAACUGAUUGCACUGGCAGAAUCAUUGGCAGCGAGACCCGAGUGAACAGUGCAGAGUACCCCGGUGACCGGCUGCAAGCAGCGAGGGGGAGAGGUGGGUGGAUGAGACUUCUCCUUCAACCUUCUGCUUUGCUCAACCGGGUGGACACGGGGCGAGGAACUUUCUACGCGAGGGGGCGCAGGACGUUCGCGGUCUGCAUCCACCCGGGUCUUCUGCUUGGGAAUGGGCUGGCGACCCUCUACCGCCCCGCGGCUAACCUCUCCCUGCUCCGCCCGGCAAGUGUUGGAAGGAACGGCUCCAAGCUGUUUUUAGGGAGAUGGUGUGGAGAAGCUCAAGGUCCGACGAAUGAAGGCAAGGAAAAAGAGGAUGUUAUUGAACGGAGCUGGUGCAGAAAGUAAAAUUGUAACCCCGGCCCUGACCCGAGGCUUCGCGUUGCUGCCUUUUUGAUUAUACCCUCUUAAGUUUAAUACUUUCUAGCUGAAUAUUAUAAGCUGAAAUAGGUAAGGCUGGCCCUCACCUUUAUGUCGUUUAGGUACUGUAUUUAUCUGCAUGUCUUUGACCGUCAGGAUGAAUGAUGAUCUUGGGAUAAUAAAGACCAACCUUGUGAUUAAAAAAAGGACCAUGUGGUGCUUUUUGUCCUUCGCAGAGGUUAGCUCUUGUUUUGUUAUUUUUAAAUUCGCCGGCUUGUCCCAAUUUCAUGCUCUCGUUCCAGAUUCAGCCUCUGUUAUGUACCACAUUACCUCACUGGAGCAGCGCCAGAAUACCAGAAUAACCCCCCCCCCCCCCCCCCUCAGAUUAGUGCAAAUUAACUAUGUAUAAUUACAAUAGAAAUUACAUGUUGUGAGUGCAUUGUAUUUAUUGUGUUUUUUUUAAUGUAAUGUUCCAUGGAAUGAGUAAAUUACGUACAUUAGCUUGUGCGCACAUUCCUACAUACUCCACACGGGCGUUUAAAUAUCGUUGAAUUUUGUGCACAGACGCUCAGAACAUGGUCCAAUGAUUUUAUUAAAUAUUAGAUCUGCAAAAUAAUUGCUAUCACCAUACAUAGAUAUGGUGCUCUAUUUUUUAAUAAAUAACUAUGACAAGAUUUGCAUAUAUUUGAUGAGCCCAUUUGCAAUAAGUCAUUUAUUUUUGCGUUUCCCGGACGCAUUCAAUGUGCCAACUCAAAUAUAUCUGGUGCAUGCAGUGAAUAUGCGUGAAGGAAGGCGGUGAAUGACGAUUCAUGAGCCAACUGUCCUUUUGAUGAAGAUAGGAAGGAUAAUGUGGGCUCGAAUUCUUGGAUCCACAGGUGGAAGAUUUUGCCCUGGAGCAAGCAUCACAUUGCUCAAGGGUUGGAAGGUAAAUGAGCAAGUAAUCACCUGGGACAGAGGCAGAUAAGUCGUCACCGACUUCUUUUGAUGGAUCUCAUGUGCACUUUUGAUGGAUCUCCUGAGAAUAAAAUCACUUGAAAUAGGGUAAAUCGCAUUCGAUUCAUUUUAAGGGUUUUUAGAUAAAUUGUCCACGGACCUGUGCUGAGGUCAGGUCGGAACAACGCCACAGGAGUGGAAUUUGUACAUUUGAUGUUCAUGAGGUUGUGAAGACACAGAGGUACUUACAGCCAUUCCACUGAGCCGGGGUCUGUGCUCCCCUGGAGGUUAUCUAGAGGAAUACACAACUAAUUGCUGGUAAAUCUGACUGAAUGCAGAUGAAAUAUUUGUGCUCACAUUCCAAUUAUUUUUGAAUAAGGGCCCCAAUAUCUUGGGGAAAAUAUCAAUUUUCUUAUGUCUAUUCCUAUCGUAAUAAAUAUAUAUUUUUCCUAACUAGCACCAGAGAUAAAACCCAUGCAUAUAUCUAUUCCUGUAUUUUAUUGCACUUUUUUUACCCAAUAUCACUAAUUUAGAAAUUACACUUUAAGUGGACUAAUCCCACAGUGAGAUUAUGAAUCAAACCAGUUUAACCCUUUUAAUUAAAUAAUAGACUGUGACCAGGCAAAAUAUAUGUACAUAAAAUCCAAACAACAAUUAUGAACCUAUAGGAUCUACCAUAUGCAUCUGUGCCAUCAUGCUCCCCACAAUAAACCCUCCAAUCCCAUCAUUUUUCAUUUUCACUAUAUUUAAAAUAUUUUCUCAAGAAACAAAAAAAACAUUUCUACUAUUUGGAAAUGUAUGAUUGCUGUCACAUCUAAUUUGAAAAUAUAUUUUGAGUGACUGGCUUUAUUAAUAUGUAAUGAAGUUUCCCAAUGAAGCAUUUUAUGAAGGCACUGACCCUUUUAAAUAAUGGAAAUCAUUAUGAUCUAUUUGCCAUCUAACACAAAGACACGUUAAUGCAUGUAUUUGUACAAUAUUCUCAAUAUUCUGUAUGCAUGCAGAUGUACUUGCAUCUGUAUGAAUCAGCUUUUGCAUGCAUGUGUUUUAGUUGCAUGCAUUUGUGUUUGCACGCCUUUAUCCAGUCUGUGUUUGCAUGUGAAGGGAUGUGUGCAUAUUUAUGUGCAUGUGUGUGAUCAUACAAACUGCCUGUAUUCUCCACAAACAAUAAAUCAUAGUUUGUUGCUUACUUUUUAAUCCCUUGAUAACAAUUCACUAUUCCAAGCCAAUACUUAAUUAGUUUGAUUUAAUUCACCUUUACCUACAAAUUCGAUUCUUAGAUCACUGCACUCGGGUGACACAGAUCAUAAAGUUAAUUGCCUGGCAUUUGCAGAUUGUAUUGGUCUUGGGUGAAUCAAUAAUGCUUUUGUAACAGUGGUGUAGGAAUACGAGCAAAUGACAAUUGUUUGUGGUGUUGGUUGAUUUUGCAAAAGAUUCAAAGAUUUUUCGCGAGAUGUCAGAUAAAACAUAAAUUUUAGCCCAAGGAUGCAGCGAUGUUACUGUCUUUGAAUUUUCAGUAUUAAUGCCGAUGUCAAGAAUAAAUAAAAGCAACUACACACUCUG